GAGAGUUGGGUCAGAGUUGUGCGAGAUUUGGAGGUCGACGGCCAUUUUCUCUCCGUGGUGGAGAAAGCGCGCACUCGAAACCCGGAAUGUCUGGAAUAGCAUUAGGACGUUUGUCAGAGGAGAGAAAAGCCUGGAGGAAGGACCACCCCUUUGGCUUUGUGGCCAAGCCAACCAAAAAUGCUGAUGGUACCCUGAACCUGAUGAACUGGGAGUGUGCAAUCCCUGGGAAAAAGGGGACACCAUGGGAGCAGGGUCUGUAUAAGCUGCGUAUGCUGUUUAAGGAUGACUAUCCCUCCUCGCCACCAAAAUGCAAGUUUGAACCACCCCUGUUUCACCCCAACGUGUACCCGUCUGGCACAGUGUGCCUAUCACUACUCGAUGAGGACAAAGACUGGAGACCGGCCGUUACCAUCAAACAGAUCUUACUAGGAAUCCAGGAACUUUUGAAUACACCGAACAUCAAAGACCCCGCACAGGCAGAAGCAUACUCCUUGUACUGCCAAAACCGAGCUGAGUAUGAGAAGAGAGUGCGCCAGCAAGCAAAGGCCUUUGCAGACCCGGAAAGUUAAACCAAAAGUCAACAUCAUAAUGGGACGUAUACAGAAAGGCUUUUGUUCAACUCAUUCAUCUGAAGUGUUUUCUUUGUUGAGCCCUCAAAGUACAAGAAACAAAUUUGUGAGCAGGCUAAGCCUCAACCCCAGUCUAUAGCUGUUUUACUUUAAGAACAUUCCUAAAUGUACUUCCAUAUAUCAUUGACUUCAGUGUUGUUACCUGCCCUUACCGUCUCAUGGGGGAGUAUUUAUACAAUAAGUACAUUUAGUACCUUGUCCCAAUUGUAUAGAAGAGUUGGGGAAAGUGACAGUAUAUUUCUUAGUAUCUUUGUUUCAUCAAAAUAUCCUCCAAUGUCAGAUGAAGCACACAUCCUUGAGGAAGAUCAGUUCAACUCAAAGCUGUGUGAUCUGUUGCAAUUAAGACACGCACUCUAGUUUUUAUGCUAUCUUCUGAGUCUUACAUGCCCUGUAUGCCAAUAGACAGAUUGUAGCCAAAACUAAGAACUUGGAUACAACCAAAAACACCCCUUGCUGGUUGCCUUCUUCUAUCACGCAUAGACAAGAGCCUGAGAAACCCUUACUAACAUUGAAUCAUUACUUUAGCAACAUUGGAAAAAAGGUGGAAAUUUUUUAUCUUAAGUUUAUAUUCUGCUAUAUCUGUUAGUGCUAACGGCACCCAAAGCAAUUUCAUGGCAGCAAAACUGGAUGCUCGGGUCAUUCUUUUAAUGUACAAAAUGUAGUCAGUUGAAUCAGUCCUAUCCCAUAGCAUACUGAUAUCUGUGAGGCAAAAAUGUGAUGUCACUGAUUGAAAACGGUUGCUGGUUUUGUAUCAUGGCUGGUUCUAGUUAUUUAUGGGCGGUACCCCAAAAAAGAUGCACCAGGAAGCUUGUUUUAGUGCUGUUUCAAACACUUUGAGUAUGAAAUGAUGACAAAAAUGUGCCAAGAAAUGGCAGUAAAACAGGUUUCCUCAUCCUGAAUAUACUGAUUUUUCCACCCUGAAAUUGCAUUGUAUGCCUGUAAUAGGAAGUCCCAUACAUCUGUGACACAACUUUCCUUUAUUUCUCCAUUGCAACAACACUUGAUUUCAUUUGACUCAAAAUACAUGUAGCUACACAGUAUCACAUUGUACAAGCUUUUUUAAAUUUUGCCAGCCAUAGUUAGAUGGAUCAACUUGUGCACACUUGGAUAAAAUGUAAGCAAGUUUGAACUAGGCACAAGAACCUCCCUUAUUUAAAAGCAUCAAAAUUACAUUGUACAUCGUACUACUACUAUCAAUUUUGACCUGUUCCACUCAAGCAACCCAUCAUUGUGUCUUUCCUGGGAAAUAGUCGUUAAAGUAGUAUUAUUAUUAGUCAUUGUUUAAGAGAAGAGUUGUCCAUUUUUAGAUGAAAGCCGUGCCACCACAUGCAGAGGAUAAAUAAGUACUGUUUAGUACUAUCCCUAUCUUACAGAGCAUGUCAAAUGCAACAUCUUAUGAAAUUCUUAGUUUAUUUAUUGUACUUUAGUGUAGACCUUCCUUAUGACUGAUUUUUUAGUCAAUAGUUGUAGAAAGUUUUCUUUAUGCUUGAGGCUGGUU